GUUAGCCGCCUCUUUUUCUUCUCUUCUAGAAAUCAACUUAGCAUUUGCCAAUUACCAGAAAUCCCAUUGCCUAAUGUCAGAUAGAAAAAACGUUGACUUCAACUCGAUUUAUUGUGGCCUACGACCCGAGGUGGGCCGUUUCCGAUUAUCUCAGAAUGGCUUGGGUUGGAAAGGUGGAGAUCGUACCAUUAUUGUUGCUACGGACGACCUAAAGAAAUUGACUUGGAUGAAAGCGGCCAGAGGCUAUGAGUUGAGAGUCAUUCAAAAGGAAGAUAAUAUACUCAGAUUUGAUGGCUUUAAAUUAGAAGAUUUAGAGGAUUUGAGAGAAGCAGUAAAGAUAUUUUAUAAAAUGCCAGUGGAAGUAAAGGAAGUUAGCGUGAAGGGUUGGAAUUGGGGAAAAACUGAAUUCCAUGGAUCUAAUCUCGCAUUCACUGUCGGUAAUAAAACCAUGUUUGAAUUACCAUUAGCACAAGCAAUUGCUGCGAACAAACCCGGUAAAAAUGAAGUUGCUGUCAAUUUUGUGGAUCCUGGACAAUCAGCACCCGAAGGCAUCAACCCUAAAGAUAUGGAUGAGUUGAUGGAUAUAACAUUUUAUGUACCUGGUACAGUAGCUAAGGAAGCAGGAGAAGGCGGAGAAGAGGAAGUAGAUGAGGAAGAAGAAGUCAAUGCAGAUGUUGUAUUCCACGAAACGAUCAAAUCAAAGCUAGAGCUCAGCCAGAUGACUACAGAAAAUAUUGUACAGUUCCAAGAAGUGUUAUGUUUAACACCUCGUGGUCGUUACAAUAUCGAUAUGUACCAAGAUUUCUUACGUCUCCGUGGUAAAACAUAUGACUACAAGAUUCUUUAUUCCAAUAUUAUCAAACUGUUCUUAUUAUUGAAGCCAGAUGAAGUACAUGUAUUAUUUGUGAUCGGCUUGGAUCCACCUUUAAGACAAGGUCAAACUAAAUAUCCAUUCUUAGUAUUCCAAUUUGUACGUGAAGAAGAGAUCGAGAUUGAUUUAAAUCUGGAAGACGAAGCUUUGAAUAAGUUUGAGAAUGCUCUUCAAAAACAUUACGAUGCGCCUACAUACGAAGUUGUCAGCAACCUAUUCAAGGCUUUAACAGGAAGAAAAGUAACAGUACCUGGCAGCUAUAGAAGCCAUCAUGGCGCAACAGCACUCAAAUGUUCAAUGAAAGCAAAUGAGGGUUUCCUUUAUCCUUUGGAAAAGAGUUUACUCUUCAUACCCAAACCUCCUACUUUCAUUCCAUUAAAUGAAAUCGGUGUCGUUACCUUCUCGCGUGUGGGCCAGACAGGUGGAAGUUCACGUACUUUUGAUAUGAAGUUCAGUAUGAAGAGUGGCAAUGACAUACAGUUUUCAAGCAUCAAUAGAGAAGAGUAUGCGAAUAUUGAAGAUUACCUUAAGCAAAAGAAGAUCAAGAUCAAAUCUGAGUCAAAUGGUGAUACUCUGAUAAACUAUGAUCUAGCUGAAUUAGACGAUGAGGACGACGAUGAAGAAGAUGAAGAUUACUCUAGAAAGAAGCGAAGAACCGAUACAAAUCCAGCUACUGCUGGUCAAGACGACGAAGAUGAAGAAACUGAUGAAGACUUUGCUCCUGAUAGUGAUAGUGAAGUACCAGAAGAAUAUGAUUCAGACGCCCAAGUUUCUGAAUCCGAAGAAGAUGCAUCAGAAUAAUCAAUAAUAGACGUGUUCAUUCUGUACAAAGAAUAUAUAUUGCUGCGUUAAGCAUAAUCUGAACCGUCAGUUUUAUUUAAAUAAUAAAUCAAUGACAUUUCUACUUUUUCAUUCAAACAAUACGAACUUACCGUUU